UACAUCAAAUUGAUCUGAAGAUAUUCGCGAAAAAAAAUACCAACAAUAAAAUGUCAUUAGUAUUAUGCACUACUACCACAGCUAAUGGUCCAACAGGAAAUGACAAUAACAAUAAUACCGACAAUAUCAGCGACGACUCGAAUCCAGUAACAAUUUACAGGUGUCGCGCUCCAAUAGCAUCUCUAGAUUGCAUGGAAGAGUUCAGCGGUGCGGGUGGUCAUCUAGAUUUCGGGCGAUCGAUAAGCCUUGGAUCUAACCCAGCAAUACCCACACGUCAUGGUUCGACUCCGACACCAGGACUACGCUACAAGAAUCUUGGCAAAAGUGGCCUUCGCAUUUCGAAUGUUGGCCUGGGAACAUGGCCGGUCUUUUCGCCAGGCGUGCCAGAAGAUCAGUCAGAGGCAAUAAUAAAACUAGCGGUCGAGAGUGGCAUCAACAUAUUCGAUAUAUCCGAAGCCCAUUCAGAAACCGAACUCGGCAAAAUAAUUCGUAGAAGUGGAUGGAAACGAUCGAGCUAUGUUGUCACCACAAAAGUUUAUUGGAGCACAAAGUCCGAGGAACGGGGACUGUCACGAAAGCACAUUAUCGAAAGUGUAAAGGCGAGUUUGGACCGCCUUCAGCUAGAUUAUAUUGACAUCGUGAUAAUAUACAAGUCUGAUUCGAUGUGCCCCAUGGAAGAAAUCGUUCGGGCAAUGACGUACGUUAUAUCACAAGGCUGGGCCAUGUAUUGGGGAACAUCUCGAUGGUCACAGGUCGAGAUCAUGGAAGCUUACACCAAUUGUCGUCAAUUCAAUUGCAUUACACCGAUCGUAGAGCAAGCGGAAUAUCACAUGUUUUGUCGCGAGAAAUGCGAACUUUACUUACCCGAAAUGUACAACAAAAUUGGCGUCGGAUUGAUGGCUUGGGGUCCGCUGUCCAUGGCACUUGCCGACACUCAGAACGGGGAGAGACUAAUUUUCCCAAAGGGAUCGUUUAAAACGAAAAGUCAUAGCUACUCCUGGACGGAGGAUGAGCUAAAUAAGAAUGAAUUCGGUUGGACGAAGGAGAAAGCGACAGAGAUUAAAAAGCAGAACGAUCGCCUUCGUGAUCUUUCGUCAUUAGCCGAGAAACUUGGCUGCAGUCCAUCUCAAUUGUCGAUCGCUUGGUCGUUGAAACAUGAACCCGUUCAGUGUUUAUUACUUGGAGCUACGUCGGCUGAACAACUACAUCAAAGUUUGCAAGCUCUUCAGUUGCUACCUCGCCUAUCCACUGGUGUUAUGCUCGAAUUGGAACGCAUUCUAGAAAAUAAACCGAUUCGACCGCCGGCUAUAUCAACGUUAGCGCUUCGGUGACAAUCAGCCUGUCCCACAGGUCAGCCAGGAUCUGGUAA